AAAGUAAAAUUUAACAAAAAUCACCCCCUGUAUGUUAUUCGCAAUAAAACCGCUAAAAUAUAUUGCACGGUCCAUAAAUUCCUUUAAUAGCACCUAUCAAAAAAACAAUUUUAGCCAAAUAUAUAAAUAAAAAUUCCUUGUUAAUAUUCAGUUAGACUGGUCAAGAUGAAAGCAAUUUUUCUCGCUGUAGCACUCGCUGUGAUUUUGUGUCCGUCGGAUGGUUCAGGGUACCGCCAAUGCGGCUUUUGCCAUAAAAAAUGCUCCCCCAAUUACAAUAAAAAGCUGAUUCCUUGCACCUCACACUGUUUUUCUGUAGCUUUUAAAGACGGAGAUGUUUAUAGAGGGUGUGCCCCAACCAACAACGCCGAAUUGCCACAAAAGUGUUACAAAUGGCGGACGACGCAUGGGGGAAUCAAGGAGUGUUACACUUGUGACAGAGAUUCUUGUAACAUUACACCUCUUUAAAAAGAGCAAAAUGUUCUAGCUUGAGGCCAAUUAAUAGAAAGUUUGUGACAAAAAUUGUUUUAUUU